AUUCGACGACCAAACCGAGCGAUUAUAAUCUACGGUCAUUUAUGAUGUAUUCGUGAUGAAAUUGCAGAUGACAGAUCAGUGAACGAUCGGUGAACAUUUCGCGAUAUCUUGAACGACACUCUCUCCCGAGAAGCUCUCCCGCCAAUCGACAACAAAGCAAGCAAGUACACAGGCGCUUGAUGAUUGUGUUUUGUCAUUGCUACGUCCGCGUAAAUUGAGUGCUGCGAUUAUCUUUGAUAGUGAUAAUAAGGCUCGUUGCUAUCUCAGUGGCAGACUAAAUGGUGAAGAUGACACCGCUCGACGAGGGAAGGAUCAGGCAGGGUUUGGCCAGGUAUCAGAAUCCUGAUAUAACCAGGAAGCAUGUAGUGAGUGUUCUGAAUCUUUACAAAGGCUUGCAAUAUGAGAUUGAACCUUUUGUUUUCAAUGAUGGUUCCCGUAAAGAACUGAUUAACUUACAAGGAACAAUACCUGUUGCUUAUAAAGGUGCCUAUUACAACAUUCCAAUAUGCAUAUGGUUAAUGGACACACAUCCCAAUAAUGCACCCAUGUGCUAUGUUAAACCAACUGCAGAUAUGAACAUCAAAGUCAGUAUGUAUGUGGAUCACAAUGGAAAAAUCUAUUUACCAUAUCUUCAUGAUUGGGUACCUCAUAAUUCUGAUCUGCUUGCUUUAAUUCAAGUGAUGAUCGUUACUUUUGGAGAACAACCUCCAGUUUAUGCCAAGUCAAAGGUAGAGAUACAGUCUACUUCUACACCAUAUCCUGUUCAACCAUUCAUGCCUGUGCCUAGUGGCGGGAACGUGUCUGGCUCUGGCUUUCCGCCGUACCCAGCGAAUUCUCAGUACUCUGGCGGCAGCAAUGUGUAUCCGCCGUAUCCAGCUACCGCGUCAUCGGGAUUCCCCUAUCCAGGUUCCUAUAGUCCUUACGCAGGAAGCACUCCCGGUUACCCGACGCAAGGUUACACUGGAUCGUAUCCACCGUACCCGCCAUCCACGCAACCGUCACCGACAGUACAACCUGGUUCCGGUAGCUCUGGCACGAUCACAGAGGAACAUAUAAGAGCAUCUCUGUUGUCUGCGGUGGAGGAUAAACUUCGACGCCGUUUAAAGGAGCAGUUCUCGCAGCUACAAGCUGAGCUGGAAACACUACGACGAACGCAGCAAGAGUUGACGAGUGGCUCGUCACAUCUCACCGAUUUGUUCGAGAAGCUUAAAAGGGAGAAGCAGGAACUGGAGAAGAAUGUGAAUAUCCUGCAGGACAAAGAGGCAGAGUUGGAGAAGGAGAUCGCCAAGUUAUCUGAUAAUCAGUCGAUAGACGUCGACGAAGCUGUUACUACCAUAGCGCCAUUGUAUAAACAGAUGUUAAACGCUUUCGCUGAAGAAGCUGCCACGGAGGAUGCUAUAUACUAUCUCGCUGAGGGACUUCGGUCUGGUAUUAUAGAUCUGGACGCGUUUCUGAAGCAAGUCCGACAGUUGUCGCGUAGACAAUUUAUGCUGCGAGCGUUGAUGCAGAGAUGUCGACAAAAAGCUGGUCUGGCCGGCUAAAGAUUCUUCUUGCGGACAUCAUUUUAGAGUUGCAAUAUUCCGUUUUAUUACAAAAAAAUAUUGUAUUACGUAAUGAAAAUGGAAUACAUAUGAUUUCAGGAGAUUAUUUUAUCGACAAUAAACGCGGUCUUUUGCUCGUUAUAUAGCGAGAAGAAGACCGUGUUUUAUAAGAAGGAACGUUUAUGAAUGAUGCAGCCACAGUAAUUAUGCACAUUCGAAUGUAGGAGUAAAUGUUCCUUUUUUUCACAACUAUAUUAUUAUAAUAUUACUGCUUAAAAUCACUAUAUUCUGCAUUUGGCGCAAAAGAUAAAUGAUUAUCUGUCUCAAGGUGCAACACACGUCGCUGUAUAAUUCGUGAACUUCAUGCCUUCAGCUGCAUCUCGAUAUUCAUUAUCACUACUGAAGAUCUAUGUAUGUAACAUGAACUAUAGAUUUUUAGUACUGACAGUGAAUGUCGGAAUGCAGCUUUCAUUGUGAUAAAGAGUGAAAUAAAUUUAUGCGCGAUAUACAAAAUAUCCACAGAUGUGUUUAUUCAACUAUAGUAUUAUAAUAAAUCUUGAAAAAAAUGUUUUCCUCCCAAACUUAAA